AUGAGCCUGUCUGCCGAUUUCCUUUCUAGCAGCGACUCUGAUGAUGACUAUGGCUAUUCAUACGCAAGGCCUUCGCUAAUGCGGAAAAGAGUAAAAAGGAGCGAAACGCUCGAACUUCCACACGUUCAAGCUCACAGACAAGUGAGAUAUUCUACCCAAGAUGAGACAAACUUGGAAUCAACACAAGAAGCCACGCGGGUAAAACUCGAGUCCUGUUACGACGCAGGAAAGUUAGUGAACGGCCAGUGCAAAAGUAGACCAAAAAAAGUGAUAGACAAAACCUCACUGUCAGAAGCGGAAGUGUCCGAAAACACGCCAAUAAAGGAGCACCAGACAGAGCACUCCAAUGUGGGGCUUUUGAGUGCUUCUGACCAGCAGCCGAAAAACCGCACCCAAUUUCAGAGCUCACAGGAGCCGACGUUCGAGUAUGGUGCCCCUGUGGAUGGUUAUAGGUUCGUGGGAAGCAGAACCGAUUACGAGACUUUUGUACGAUCAGCAGGUCCAUCGUUGUCGGAACAAACAGGGACUUACUAUGGGGAAGAGCAUUCGGUGGAUUACAGUUCUGAUGAAAAGUCUCAGCCUGACAAAACGUCUGAUAUCUCUCUGUACAUGAAUCGUGACAAUGCCAGAUUGAGAGCGCCAAUAGAGGGAGCGCCCUUCUUGGAAGACUUGACGCUUGAAGGCAUUGAAGACUCUGAAAUCAUUAGCUUUCUUCAAAGGUACGCAACUGAACAGAAUCAGCGUUUUCGAGAGCUUUUAAAACAGGAAAGAAUUGCUUGGCAUCCCGACAAGGCUCAACGAGCGACCGAUGAAUCAAACUCACAGAGCAUAAUUAAAAUCACCAGGAUCUUUCAGGCGAUAAAUAGUCUAUGGGAAAAGACUCAUUAG